AGUGACUGUUGGGAUUGAAAUGGCAAUGGCACAAUCGUGGCUUUGUUAAAACUGCAUAGUUUUUUUCUUUCUGCAACUUUAACGAUGGGAAAUAGAAAAAUCACUUUAAAGACAAUCAAGAAUAGAGAGGGUAUUCACCCUUAUUCUCGAAAGGCACACCAGAUAUCCCGAGUACACCAACGUAAAGAAAAGCUAGCAGCACAAGAAAAGAAAAAGUCCAACAACCCAAUAGGUGAACGAUGGAUUUGGUUCCGAUAUGCUUUUGAUGAAGAUAAAUCAGUUGCUACUAAAGCGGACAUGCACGAAUUAAUAGAAAUAUAUUUGACUCGCCAUGAUGAAGAGAUUGACACUUUGGAAAGCGAUAGAAAUAAAGGCCAUCGUAAGCCUAAAACGCCUCGACAAGAACUGUUGGAAUCCAUUAGACAGAGUGAAAUGAACGAAUAUGUCUCUGGCAUGGAAUUGCCUGACAUGACCAAUGGAAGAAUAUUGAGGUUGCUAAGAGACUGGGAUGGUGAUAAAAACAGUAUGAAGCGCAUCACUACCAUUCGAUUACAAAAGCCAACAGAGCCAGUAGCAAAUACAGCAAUGGCAGUGGAUACAAAGAAGCAAAAAAGUAACACAAAAGAGGAUAUGAUGGAAUUAUAGGAAAAUAAAGUUUAAAGCUUAAAUCUGAUCUUUUUACUGCCCUCAUUUGUCAUCA